AUGGAGGAGCAGACACAGACUCUGAUGAUCCCCAGAGUGAAGUUGGGAUCCCAGGGAUUAGAGGUAUCCAAGCUGGGAUUGGGGUGCUACACCCUCACCGGAGCAUACAAUGCUUCACUCAGCGACGAAGAUGGUAUGGCCGUCAUCAAGCAUGCCUUCAGCAAGGGAAUCACCUUUUUCGACACCUUUUUGGAUACUAUGGGGGAGCUGAAGAAGUUGGUGGAAGAGGGCAAAGUGAAGUACAUCGGACUAUCAGAACCCAGCCCCGGCAUGAUCCGGCGCGCCCAUGCCGUGCAUCCCAUCACUGCACUCCAGAUGGAGUGGUCUCUGUGGACUCGUGAUAUAGAAGGAGAAAUGGUCCCACUCUGCAGAGAACUUGGCAUCGGAAUAGUUGCAUACUGUCCUCUCGGUCGUGGUUUCUUUGGAGGAAAAGGAGUUGGAGAAAGUAUUUCUGCCGGCAGUAUUUUGGCUUCACAUCCGAGGUUUAUUGGAGAAAACUUGGAAAAGAACAAGAUUCUGUACUUGCGAAUAGAGAAACUAGCUGCAAAGUAUCGGUGCACCCCUGCUCAGCUAGCUCUUGCUUGGGUUCUUCAUCAAGGGAAUGAUGUGGUUCCUAUCCCAGGAACGACCAAGAUCAAAAACCUAGAUGCCAAUAUAGGUUCUUUGAAGCUGAAGCUCACAAAAGAGGAGUUGAAGGAAAUAUCAAAUGCAGUGAAUGAAGAAGAGGUGGCGGGAUCUAAUGCCUUUGUCCAUUCAGAACAUUACAAGUGGAAAUAUGCAAAUACACCUGCUAAAAAUUACAAUGCUGCAGCUUAAGA